AUGAACCUCAGGGGUAUCACUCACAGAGACACAAAAGGAGUCCGUCAGAAGAUUUCAGACCUCCAAUCUUCGUACAACACUGCUCGGGACUUUUUGAAGAACACUGGCGAGGGGAUCAUGGAGAAUGAUGAAAUCAAUGGUGUUCGCACAGUCGAAGAUUGUAUCAACACUCUAUGUCGCUAUUGGAGUUUUCUUGAUCCCAUCAUGGGAUCUAGAUCGGUCACCGAACCAUUGCAUGUUCGAUCCUCGGUCAGUGGUGACCAACCAGGUAGACAGGACUCUCCCGAGCCCAACAAUGACCCUCCGCCUACGGAGCCCACACGUAACACCGAUGACUCUGCCAGUCUAGCUAGUGACGAGUCCAAUCUUCCUGAGGUCUCCGCCUUGAUGCCUGCACCCCGACUCUCCGCCUCAACUCCUGCUCCACAAAUCUCCACCUCAACCCCUGCUGUGUUGGCCCAGAAGACCAAGCAAAUCAAACGCAAAUCACAUGUGAAUCGUCCUACCACCCAAUCCUCUACCCGGUCCUCUAGACACAAACGGAACAAUACCGAAGAGCUUUACAUGCGAUCCAUUGUCUCCAAGCGACAGGCCGACAUCACUAGGGCCCGCGCUGAGGCCAGCAAGAUCAAGAUUGCAUACAUGAAAGAAUUAAGAGAGCAUGGGUUAUCAUUUGAAGAGAUUGAGGCUAAGGCAAUAAUCGAGUUCCCCCAAUUAGCCGAAAUGGAUGACGGAGGUGAGGGAUCUGAUGAUGAAUCCAAUGACUCUUCUUAG